AAAUAAAUCAAAGAUAUCUAUAGAUAUUAUAAUAAUUUUAUCUAUAUAUAAAUAAUAAAUUUAGUUGGGAGUGUUUCUUUUUCAUUCUCAGCGACAUGACAUCAUCGUUAAUUGAUGAACAAUCAAAACUUGUUGUAUAUAAACCAACGAUUCAUCAACGACAAAAAAAUAAAAUUUCCAUCAUGUAUAUAAUCAAAAUUAUAUUAAUGAUUCCUAUAUGGACGACAAUAUUAGCUCUGGAUCCUUUUUCAAUAACUGGUUCAAUAAUAGUUGGUACCGGCAUGUAUUAUUUUAAAGAUUCAUUAACAUGCAUGGUGAAAGAAUGUUGUCAUGACCAUACGAGUAAUAAAUGGAUCGCUAAUCGUCUAAAGUGGUCAGAUCUUCCUGAAGAGAUUUUUGGUCAACACAUUGCCAUCAGUGUUGUUAGUAAUUUGGUAUAUUUUCAUCUAAGAAAUCCAAAUCCACCUAAACCAUUAGUACUUUCAUUCCAUGGUUUCACUGGCGUUGGAAAAACUCAUCUCAGUGAUUUGCUAGCGAAAAGAAUUUAUCGACAAUAUAAUGAAACUGGUUCAAGUAAAUUUGUCCAUAAAUAUACGGCCACACAUUUGAACAAAGAAAGUCAACUAAGCAUGUUGGUCGAAAAUAUUUUCGAAAAACUUGAAGCAUGUGAUCGCUCAUUAGUUAUAAUUGAUGAAAUCGAUAAAUUACCCGAAAAAUAUCUUGACAUAUUAUUACCAUAUUUAGACCAUUCAUCACCAUAUAAAAAAUCCAUAUUUAUAUUCUUAGGAAACAGCGCCGGCAGCAAUAUUAAUAAUGAAGUUGUUCAUCUACUUAAUUCGGGUAAAGCCCGUGAAGAUAUUGAAUAUGAUGAUCUCGAAAAUGUUGUCACUAAUAAUGCUGUUAAAGUAGGAGGCCUUAAAAAUUCAGAAUUGAUUACGCGCGGUGUAAUCGAUCUAUUCGUGCCAUUUUUGCCGCUUUCAAAACAUCAUAUUCGACAAUGUGUGGCCGAUAAUCUUCGCCGUCAGCACGAAUUUCCUGAUCCAUUUAUUAAUCCAGGUUCCAAAUUUAUUGAUAAAGUAACAGAUAGCAUUGAAUUUAAGGAUGAUGAAUUUUCCGUUUUUGGCUGUAAGCGAGUUUCAUCAAAAGUUGCCAUUCUUUUAGCUAGAAAAAAUCGACUAUAAUAAGGAAUUUGAAUAUUGUUUUUGUUUUAUUUUUAUUUUAAAAAAAUUGUCAAAACUUU